AUACACAUAUGUCGUCUAGUACCGAAUAGUUAUUUUCCUUCUUAACAAGACUCGAUGCCGUUUCGUCCACUUUUCCUUGAUUUUUGAACUCGAAAUCAGAACUUGAUUCUUUGCACUUGCGAUUUGCUUCCUCUCUCGAUUUCACCUUCUCUGAACCCCGGGACACCAGCAAAGCCCUAUUUCUAAACCUAUAUAUGGCUCAAUCCAGCGAUAAUGUUGUUGGAGUUGAUAAUACUUUUCGGAAAAAAUUCGAUAAAGAAGAGUAUUUGCAGCGUGCUCGUGAACGUGAAGAAAAGGAGACAGAGGGAAAGAAAUCCAAGUCAAGAGGACCUCCAAUACAAAGGAAGCCCUUGAAACAAAGGGAUUAUCAAGUCGACCUUGAAUCUCGCUUGGGAAAGACUCAGGUGGUUACUCCAAUUGCACCCCUUAGUCAGCAGGCUGGAUACUUUUGCCGAGUUUGUGAAUGUGUAGUAAAGGAUUCUGCAAACUACUUGGACCAUAUCAAUGGGAAGAAGCAUCAGCGAGCAUUGGGUAUGUCUAUGCGGGUAGAACGAGCCUCGCUAGAGCAGGUUCAACAACGAUUUGAAUCGCUCAAAAAGCGGAAAGAUACGGGGAGCUUCACUGUUCAAGAUUUUGAUGAGCGGCUGCUGAAACAACAGCAGGAAGAGGAAGAACGGAAAAGACAACGUCGAGAAAAGAAGAAAGAGAAAAAGAAAGAGAAGGCUGCAGAGGAUGAACCCGAAAUAGACCCUGAUGUUGCAGCUAUGAUGGGAUUUGGGGGUUUCGGGUCUUCGAAAAAAUGAUCCGUUUAGUCAUCUAUCUCAUGCUAGAGCAUAACUCGAUCUGCCUACUCUGCUGAGGCCAGUAAUUGUUUUUGAAAUCGUUCAAAGUGUAACAG